AUGGUGCACACGCAGUACCACCUGCGCGUCGCCGCCCACCACCUAGAUGGCGCGCUGUCGCGCCUCGGCGCCAUGCUGGCCGCGCCGCUGAUCUGCCCGGAGGCCGCGGCGCGCGAGGUGGAGAACGUGCACUCAGAGUACUCGCGGAAUUGCAACAGCGACUCGCGGAAGCUGCUGCAGCUGCGGCGCUCGCUGGGGCGGCCACCAUUCAGGCAGUUCUCGACCGGCUCGAUUGCCACCCUCCGCGAUGCACCCGCCGAGGCCGGCGUCGACGUCGCCGCAGAAAUGCGCGCCCUCUGGCGCCGCGCCUACCUGGCGCCCGCGACCACCGUCGCCGUCGUGGGCCCCCAGGCGCCCUCAGACCUUGAGGGCUUCGUACGGGAGGCCUUCGGCGCGAUGGACGCCUCCCGCGGCGGCUGCGGCGCGGAGGGCGGGGCCGGCGCGGAUGGCGGGCAGGGCAGCGGGCGGUAUGGGGUGCUGGAUGUGUAUGGGGAGGAGCAGCGGGGCGCGCUGCUGAGGGUGGCCCCGAUGAGGGACCUGCGGUCGCUGGAGCUCAGCUGGUUCGUGCCAUAUGGCGCGCUGGCGCACCCGGAAAGCAAGCCCUGGCGGGCAGUGGGGCACGCGCUGGGCCACGAGUCCUAUGGCAGCGCCGCCCAUCUGCUGAAGCGACAGGGCCUCAUCCAGUCCCUGUCGGCGGGCAUGGGGGAGGAGGUGCGGCUGGGACGCGGCUUCAUGUUUUGGCGCAUCGACGUGCAGCUGACAGAGGAGGGGGAGACCCACGUGCCGCACGUGCUGGGGACCAUUGCACGCGCCAUACAGCUCCUGCGCGCGGCCAGCACGGAAGACCUGCGGACCCUCCACCAGGAGGCAGCAGCCCUAGCGGCCCUCCGCUUCGACUGGCGGGACCCCCCUGAGCCUCUUUCAGCAGCCAGGGACGCCGCCUACAACCUGCAUUACUACCCAGCGGAGGCGCUGCUGGCGGGGCCCGCCCUGAUCGGGGCGUUCGACGAGGGCGCGGCGAGGGGGUUUGUGGAGCUGCUGGAGCCGGGGCGCGCGCAGGUGGCGUGGUCGUCGAGGCGGUGGGUCGGCGCGGCGACGAACAAGGAGAGAUGGUAUGGCGCAGAUUACAGCAUCAGCCCCUUGGACCCAGAAAUGGCAGACGCGAUUGCCGCUUACUGCGCUGCCGACGCCAACGCUGGCGUCACCCCUGCUGCCGCUAGCAAGCCACCGCGCGCCUCCGGCCUGGCGGCGUCCGACGACGGCGGCGCCAGCCGGCGGCAGACAGGGGCGGGGGCGGGCGGCGACGCGGCAGUCGCCGGCCAAGAGGGGACUGCUGGGGACGGGGGCGGGCACAUGCCGCGCCUGCGCAGCAUCAGCCUGCCCGGCGGCCUGCCCUCGGCAGUAUCCCACGAUGCCGAGCGCCCGCAGCAGCAGGAGCAGCAGCAACAGGGGCAGCAGCAGCAGGAGGAGGAGCAGGGCGGCGCCGCGGCGGCGCCUGGCCCCUGGCCGCCGCGGGCCCAUGUUAAGUUGCACCUCCUGACGCCCGCCGCCUACGAGACCCCUGCCGCCGUCGUCGCCACCCGCCUGCUGCUGCGCAUCGUAGAGGACCUGCUGCUUCCAGAUGUGUAUGUUGCAGAGACGGCGGGCACCCACUAUUCGCUCGAGGCGCUGCAGUCGGGCGUCAAGCUGGCGGCGUCCGGGUUCCCGGACGUGCUCGCGGAGCUGCUGCCGCGCGUGCUCGGCGCGCUGGCGGGCCUGUCUCUGCGCCAGGUCGAGGAGCGCUUCCCCACGAUGGCCGGCCGCCUGCGCCAGGCGCUCACAAACUGGCGGCGCAACAAUCCGGGGCAGCACGCCGAGUACGCGGCGGAGCACGCCCUGCAGGCGCGCCACCACCACGUAGAGGAGCUGCUCGCCGCGCUCUCCCGCGCCACGCCCACCGAUGUGCUGCUCGCCGCGCGGCGGCUGGCGCCCUUUGCAGCGGCAGGCGACGGCGGCGGCGGCGGUUGCGGUCCAGAGGGGCAGCUUCACCUGGAUAUGCUGGUGUAUGGGAAUCUGUCUGCCGAGGAGGCGGUCGCCCUGGCCGGCGCCGCGCGGUCCGCGCUGCGGCCGGGCGGGCUGCACCCGUGCCUGUGGACGCGCGGGCGGGUGAUCGAUUUGAGCCCGAGCGUGUGGCCGCUCGAGGCGCGGGACUGGCUGCGGCGGCCGCUGGCGACGGCGGAGAUGCAGCAGGCAAAACAGCAGCAGCAGCAGCAGGAGCAGCAGCAGCAGCAGCAGCAGGUGGGCAGCGCCGGCGGCGUGCCGGGCGCGGACGCGGCGUGGGUGGGCGGCGGGCGGGCGCUGGAGGGGGGCCGGCAGGGCGUGUCGGUCAUGUACCGCCCGGCCAACCCCAACCCGGCCAACAAGAAUCACGCGAUCUACUACCUCCUGCAGAUCGGCCCCGACGACGUGCGCCAACACGUGCUGCUCGACCUCUUCACCCAGUCCGCCUCCCGCCCCUGCUUCCAUGAGCUGCGCACCCGCCAGCGCCUCGGCUACAGCGUCAGCCUGCACGCGUCGACGCUGCAGCGCGUGGUCGCGCUGGCGGUGCGCGUGCAGUCGCCGGGGACGGACCCGGCCGGGCUGGGAGAGAGGAUAGGCGCGUGGCUGGCUGCGUUCCGGGGGCAGCUGGAGGGGAUGCCCCAGGAGGAGCUGGAGAACCACAAGAGGGCCCUCCAAGACCGCUACCUAGAGCCUCCCAAGUCGCUGCGCGACGCCACCGCCCGCGCUUGGCGCCCCAUCGAGCGCCGCUCCCUCGACUGGGCGCGCCGCCAGCACAAGGCGGAUGCGGCGGCGGCGGUCACCAGGGAGGAUCUCCUGGCGUUCUACGACCGCCACCUCAGCGAGGGCGCGCCUGGUUACCGCCAGCUCAGCACGGAGAUAUGGGGCGGCGCCCCCGUGGAUGCGGCUGGGGCGGGGGUGGGGGCAGACGGCGAGGGCGCGAAGGCGGCAGGUAUUGCGGAGGCCGGCGGCACGGGGGAGGUGCGGUUUGAAUUUGAGGUCGGGGAGGGGGAGCUGGAGGCGUUCAAACUGUCGCAGCCGCUGUGGCCGGCGGCUGCGGUGGCGAGGCCGGGGCGUUGA